UGCGCUCCUCCUGUCUCUUCAAUGAGCACUCAGCAGUCGGAGGUUUGGGCUGCUGCUACGGCGAUCUCUCUUGGUCUUAAAAGCCUCUGGACUUACAAUAAUGUCUAUGACAAGAUUGGCAGUCGCGAGUGUCUGACUGAUUAAAGCCACACCGCGGACCUGGAAGAGGAAGAGUCUUUCUGCUCGCUGUGGCAGCACAAGGCUGAACUGUCAUCACGUUGAAUGCUGUGAACACAUCCGCCAUGAGCAAGUCAACUCUGGCAGUGGUGGUCUUCGUUAUUUUAGUGUUGAUGUAUGGUGAGGGUGCAAAGGAAAAUGGACAAAAGAGUAAAAAGCCAAAGCAAAACGUUCCUCAGAUAGACUGCGAUGUCCGAGCUGGGAAGAUCAGCCUCCCGGAAUUUCUAGCCAAGUGCCCAGCAGGAUGCCUGGAGACGAAAGAACCGGUGUAUGGCACUGAUAUCUAUGCCUCCAUCUCCAGUGUUUGUAACGCAGCAGUCCACAGUGGAAUCAUAUCUAAUGCCGGAGGGAAGAUCCUCGUGAGGAAGGUGGCAGGCCAGGCCGCCUACAGGGGCAGUUUCUCCAACGGGGUCCGAUCCUUGUCUCUACCCAAAUGGCGCGAGUCGUUCAUAGUAGCAGAGGGGAAGGCUAAGAAGGGUGUGACCUAUCCGUCAGUCCUCGAGUUUGUCUCUACAAGAACCUCGACUGGGAAAACUGAUCCCAAAAAAACAGAACAGGAAACAAAGAACACAAAGCAUUCUGGGACCACUUUGGACAAAAGCUCAGAACAAGCAGUGCAAAAAGAAGUCAGGGCUACGUCAGUGGCAAUAAUUGUGCAGACAACCACAACACCGGAGCCAACAACAUCUGAAGUGACCACCAGCACCACCAGCACCACCACCAAACCAACAACUCCUGCAACGACUCUUCCUCCUCCUCCUCCACCAACCACCUCUGUAGCAACAUCUACAGGCACAGCCAAACCUCGGGUUGUCGCACAUAAAAUCAGAGAAGCAGGGAGCAAUCAGCAGCUCUUUGCCUCUCUACUCGCAGCAGCGAGCUCAAGGCAGGCCCAGAAUCAAGGAAAGCCACCUCCACAAGUAUUCAGGGGCUCGUCCAGCUACGCAAGUAGAAAUGUGCCUCGCACUAAUCCAGGCAUUCGGAGACAAGAACCUGCUGUUGUGUACAAAAGGCCUCCUGCAGCUGCUGCCAGUUCUCCGUAUAAUCGGGUGAGCCAGGCCUCCCUCGAGAGGAACCAGCACUCUGCCCAGUCCAACCCCACUUUCUCUAGAAGGGACUGGCAUCACAGUUAUCAAAGGCCCGACUGGUCUACUGGAAUCAGGAAGCAGACAGACGUCAGCUCCGUUGUUCCCGAUUCUGGCUAUACUUGGACAGAAGUGGAAAAUGCUCACACUCCAGUUCAGAGCUCUAAACCUGGAAUCUCUGACUUUGAUCGUUGGGUUCUGAGCUUGAGACAAAACACUCCCAGAUCUGGAGAAUUGGAUAAAAACCGCAAAAGUGUACCAGAGGUAUCGGAUACAAAAGCAGAGAGCGUUGAUCCCUGGAGGCCGGAAGGAGACACAUUUUUCACAGGUUUUCCUGCAAGAGAACAAGAUUCAGCCCCUCAAGCGCCGGAGCCCGAGUCACAGGGCAAUCCAAAGUGCAAAGUGGACAUCGCGUUCCUGAUAGAUGGGAGCUGGAGCAUUGGAAAGCGGCGCUUCAAAAUACAGAAGGAGUUCCUGGCGGAGAUUUCUCAGGCUUUGGAUGUGGGAAUAGCAGGGCCCAUGCUGGGUAUCAUUCAAUACGGGGAUGAUCCUGUGACAGAAUUCAACCUGAAAGUUCACUCCAGUUCCCGGGACCUGAAAGUCACAAUUGACAAGAUUGUACAGAAAGGAGGACAGUCCAAUGUCGGUAAAGCCCUCUCCUAUGCCAACAAAUACUUCUUUAGCGAGGCAAGUGGGAACCGUGGCGGAGCACCUAACAUCGCUGUGGUGUUGGUUGAUGGCUGGCCCACUGACAAGGUGGAAGAGGCUUCCCGUCUAGCCAGAGAAUCUGGAAUUAAUAUCUUCUUUGUCACUAUCGAAGGACCGGAUGAAAAUGAGAAGCAAAAUGUGGUGGAAGCAAGCUUCGUGGACAAGGCCGUUUGCAGGACAAAUGGUUUCUUCUCUUUGAACGUACCAAGCUGGUUUGCCUUGCGGAAGACGGUGCAGCCCCUUGUGAAGCGAGUCUGUGACAUCGAUCGACUUGUGUGCAGCAAGACCUGUCUGAAUGCUGCCGACAUCGCCUUCGUCAUCGACGGCUCUAGCAGCGUAGGCACAGGGAACUUCCGUACGGUGCUGCAGUUUGUGGCCAAUGUCACCAAGGAGUUUGAGAUCUCCGAUACGGACACAAGAGUGGGCGCAGUCCAGUACACCUACGAGCAGAGACUGGAGUUCUCCUUUGGCCAGUACAACAGCAAACCAGAGCUUCUCAAUGCAAUUAAACGCAUCAAUUACUGGAGUGGAGGGACAAGCACGGGGGCAGCCAUCACCUUUGCCACAGAGCAGCUCUUCAGCAAGUCAAAGCCAAACAAACGCAAAAUCAUGAUUGUCAUCACGGACGGAAGGUCAUAUGAUGAUGUUCGUGCUCCUGCACUUGCUGCCCAUCGCAGUGGUGUGAUUGCUUAUUCAAUUGGGAUUGCAUGGGCAGCCCAGGAGGAGCUGGAAUACAUUGCCACCGAUCCGGACAAAGAACAUUCCUUUUUUGUGGACGAGUUUGAUAACCUCUACAAGUUUGUUCCCAAAAUUAUUCACAACAUUUGCCAGGAGUUCAAUUCACAACCACGGAACUAAUAAGCAACAGAUGGUGUCGCGUAUUAUUUGCUAAUAGACUUUUCACCUUACUGGAAGCAAAGUUAGAAAAUCACUGAAGAAAAUGUAAAAAAAAAAAAAAAAUGUCUUCUGACAAUUGUGUAUUUGUCUUUGUUAACAAUCCUGUAUCCCCUGGAAAGCUUUCUAGUUUAGGGUUUGUUCUGAACAUCUGAAUGACUGGUUUUGGCCUUCAAGAAUGGCUGACAGUAGAAGAUGAGGAUGAUGGGAUACAUCUCUGAAAAAACGACUGGUGGUCAGGAGGAGCACCAAAAUGAGCUCCGCAAUGGAAGAUAGAAACAGAGUGGACAAAAUGAAUUGCAGUUAGCGUCUUGUCAUGUCAAACUUCUAUUGGUAAGCUUCUUCAACUAAAGCUUGAUUGUUAAAGAACUGAGGUGUCACGUGUGGGGAGUGCAGGGCUGCUUCUGAUGCAGUUCAUGAGGGGCAACAAUGGCUGCAGGCUUUCAUUGUAAUCAGAUACUUAGCUUGUUUCUUUUAGUUUUUUGUUUGAUUCUGUACUUGAUUUGUGAAUUAGGUGUUAACUAAAGAUACGAAAACUUAAGGAAAGCCACAGAUUAAUUUAGUGACCUGCUGGUUCCCUUACGUGGCUCUUGAACCUCUGCCAUGUCGUCCAUCAGCAUUUUUCAGUCGCCGUUCAUCCGCACUUUCCAUUGAGGAAUAUGUGGCUUCUCUACGAGGCUGACACUUCACCAGUCCUGAAAGAAUAAAGAAUACAAUGGAAACAUCAAAGAGACAAUAUGUACCUCUAUAAUCCAAAAUUUUAAAAAUAACUCGGGUUAACUAAAUUGUGCAAAAAAUUAAAAAAAAAUGUACAUUAAGACAUUGAAUUAGCCAAAGCAGCACAUUUAUGUUAAUGCAUUUGCUACAAAUGGUUGAGAUGCACCAUCUGUUGGAAUGAUAAAUGCGAUGAAUUAUGAAAUAUAUUCCAACAGAGGGUGCACUGUGAACGUUAACACUGAGGUCUAUGCUGAUUAAUUUAAUUUCAAGCAAUCUUAGAUGGGCAGCACAGCUAGUAGUACAUCACAAUUUUGAAGAGAAUCUACUGUAUAUCUUGAUGAUGAGCCCAAACACCCACUCCAUCCUGUCAGGAGGCACUGGAUUAAUUAAGAAGUUAAAUACAGGUAAUUCUUUAAAGUAGCAUUAAUGAGCAGCAGGCACCCAGAAUUUAAAGGAUUAAGCAUGGUGAGGCGCCAUGUCGCAAAGCAAAAGGCAAGUAAACUGGCAUCAUGAACAUGACAAGAAGUUCUGUCUUCUUCAGGCACCUUCUCUGUCAUUAGAUCUGCACAUCUGAGUCCAGGAAACUCCUUUGGAGUGUGACGCUGACAAAUUUGCAGAAAUCGUGUGAUGUGAUCAAGUCAACAUGGACCAGAAUCUCAGCGGACUGUUUCUAAUAUCCAUGCCAUAAUGGUAGAUAGACAUAAAACAUAUUUAAACAUUUAUAUAUACUGUAUAUAUAUAUUUUCUUUCUCACCAGAACUAUUAAGACAUAUGCUGUCAUGAGCCAAUAAUGUAGGACCACCCAAAAAAAAAAAAAAAGUGAAAUUAAUAAUCAAAACAUGCAUAACAUCAAAACAUUACAGAAGCCAGGGCCAUGCCAUUUCAAAAUGCUUUCUUGAGAUAAUGGAAUUAUUGAAGAAGUGCAAUAUCAUUAGUUUUUUUUUUUUUUUUAUCCUUUUAUUGAGAGUUUGAGAAAAUGAAACGUAACACGCGCUCCUUACGAGUUUGCAAACGCUUGACAACAACUGAAAAGCAGCAAUGAUGGCAACCGAGGGAAACUCAUGUGAUACGCACACAAACGUAAGCUCAUCUGCAUCAGGAGUUUCCGCUAGCCGUGUAAUUGUGUCGUUUGAUUCAGCGGGUGUCUGCUUCACGUUGCUUUGUGUCAAACUGCACAUGGCCCCCCACAAUGGGGGGCUGACAGGGCUCUAGCCCGGGAUCACAGGGGCCUGGCGCAGGAUGAGCAGAUAUUCUGCGCAAACAAAACGUAUCAACAGAAAGCAAGGAUUCAUCCUACAGCAUUGAGUGUCAACUUCUGCAUAAAAUAUUUUGAAAACUGAAAACAAGAUCAAAAAAAAGUUUCAGAUUCCUAUUGGGUAUCACGUUUUCCUUAAUCCCAGGUGAAGGGCCCACCGGAGAUCCUGGCCUAGGGGCCCAUGUUAGAAAGUGGGGGCCUGAUUGUUUUUGGGCAAACCCUCCGUUUCCUGUUGUGAGCUGAUCAUCAAAACAUGGCAUUGGGGUCUCCUGUAUCUGUUCUGCAGAAGGCCCUCUUGAUCCAAAGUCCACUUCAAACACAAGAUCUUUAGUGACCCACAACCCAGUCAUCAUACGGCGUCCAUUAAGCUAAACAACAAGCUAUACACUUCAGGAAACAUUCGGUUAUCUCGAUAUCGUAAAGAAAUCGUUCUUUAAAGUUUAUUUUCUAGACAUGAUGGAAUAAUUUUCUCAGGAUCUCCCAAAAAUUAAACUUGUGUUUUCUUGAGAUCUCAAGAUAAUUAUUCUGUUACCUUGUGCAAACAUACAAAAAAAAAUGUAAUUGCACUUCUUUGAGAAACUGAUCCCAUUAUCUUGAGGAAAUAAAAACAGUUACACUGUACGUCUUUGCUUGGCUUCCAUGCUAAACAGCCUGCUAUGAAAACACAGCUGACUGUAUAUAUCAGUUUGUUUUUAUUUUUUCAGUGCUUACCAGGCAGGGUCCUCAGUAAAAUUGGGCUUUAAUCCGACAAAACAGAAAUGUCUCUCAAAGAAAAUAGUCCAUUUAACUGAAAAA